UUGUUCUGCCUUGUUUCCGUCUCAUCUGCGCUGCGCUGUUAUUGUCGCUUCCAUUGCCGCCUAAUCUCCUCCACUCGGUUUUCCUGUCUUGGCCGCCUACCCAAGCUCUUGCCCGGCUGUGCCGAAGAUGGCGGGCAGUCUCUGUUUGCAUGCGCCUUGACCUAUUAUCGCAUCAGAAUCACCUCUGCAUCUCCCCCGGUGAUGCAAACGAUAAGCUCGAACUAUAGCAGAACGAGACGAGGCACGCCAAAAAAGAUCACCUGAGCCGAUCGCGCAGAGAAUCUAGUCACUAUGGCAUCGUCUAAUCCGUUUCGCAAGAGUGCUGCCAUUACGGUAGACUCAGCUUCUUUUCCCAACUCAACAUCCUCCGCCGCUUCUCGGUUCCCUGCUCUCGAUCAAAUUGAAACAGCAUCUACUCCUCCGCCUCCGACCAGCUUCCAGCAGGCUGGCUCUUCAACAACAAUUGACUCGAAAUCUAACAUUACCAAAAAAGUCCGCGUACUAUCACCCCCGCCGCUGUCUCCCGACUCUCCCGAAUGGGCAUUUGCGGCACCUUCUAUUGCGCAACAGACUGCGAACCAACGAAAUGAGGACGAUCCGUUCGAUGCGACGUCUACCGAUGAUAGCGACCGCGAAAUGGUAGCUGCGGCUGCCCGUGGCUAUGCUCCGAAUGGCGGUCAGGGCAUAGGAAACCCAUUCAGCAAGACAUUACGCAGCGUUGAUUCUCCCGUCGCAGAACAAAAGCUUGAGCAUGAACGCAAAGAAGAAGGCCAUGCGCUCAAAGCUGCUAAUACGGCCAGAAGGUCUCUGGACGUCAAUGCUUUCAAGAGAUUGCUGAUGACCGGUAAUACGGAGUCGGACAAGUCUUCGCCGCCGAAAAUCCGACAGUCGAUGCCGCCACCAGCGAAAAACACAAAAGACCGACCGUCUGUUUUCCGAAGAAUCUCACAUGAUGAUUCCAGAGAUAUAUCGCCCCCCGAGAAUGCACUCCAAGAGGCAUCUCUCAUAUCCGAACAAGCUUCGGAUACCCCGGAAGAUGAUAUUGAUCAAGAGAACGUUUCUGACUCAAGCGCUUCUGCCCAACUGAGCUCAAAGAACAGCAAGAAACCGCCGCCGCCACCUAGCUCUCGACAUGGCAAGUCCAUCAAGCUGGAUCUGGUUGGUCAGGCAUCUCGAGAACCUCUUGUGACACUGUCAUCAGAUAUGAACAAACCGCUUCCGCCCGCGCCGGUGAGAAGAAGCAUGGAAGAAGGAGGCGAGUCGCCGUUUGAUCGUGAAGCAGCUGGCAAAGUUCCAGAGGCUGAAGGUGAUGUGGGAUUAGCAUCGCCAGAACCAUCAGGCGGCAGCCGAAAAGCAGUUCCUGCACCACCACCUCGACGAGGUCACGCGAGAGGAGAGAGCAAGGUCUAUGCGUCUGGUCUAGGCUUGACACAGCAGCAAUUUGUGCACAAUGAAGAGAACUUGUCACGGUCAUCGUCUAUGCGAUCCCGACCUGAGCACAACCGACGUGACUCACAUGCAGCAGCACCUCCACCACCGCCACCAAGAUCUCAUCACACCUCAAGACAGUCGACGCAGAUACCAUCGGGGGUGGCCUCAAGCCUCACGGAUCUGAGCCAAUCGUCAUCAUCUCCGGCUCCAUCCCUGGAUGUCGAUAUGAGCACUACUUCCACGCCAUCACAGCUGCGUCAAUCCUCCACGGUCGAGUUAACACCACCGAGAGAUACGCAAUCAGGAACACAUCAGCCCGUGACGACAACAAAAUCUUGGGCUCCUCCACCACCACCACCUGCGCGAAACACAUCUGUUCGACGGCCUGCGAGUAUCAGAAGUGUUGAUAGCAGCAGCCGGCGAAUCUCAUUUGAAGCAAAACCUCAUAAUCAGAUGGCACCCCCUCCACCACCUCGAAGGCAACGAGGCAGCAGCCGUGGCAGCGUCGAUGGACCUCGGAGGACGAGUCUUGAUGGUGUAGGGAAGGCUGGAUCGAGUCAAGUGGCCGAGGAGGAGCCUGACAAUGUCGCAGCGACAGUCGGCUCGGGUCCCACAUCUCCGCAAUCGGCAAACGAGCCAGGGAAGAGUGUUGACAUCCUGGCUGACCUGGACGCCCUACAACGAGAGGUGGACGCCCUGCGGGGGAAACUAGGAUGACGAGGUGCACGCAUACAUACGACGGAGAUGCAUGAAAGUGAAUGGAAGCGUGUUGGAAUGUGUUGAUGGUUGUACAAAAGAG